GCACCUGCCGGAUAUGACGUCAAUAUUCAUCCCUUGCCGCCAUUGACGAUCGAGGAGAAGAACACAAACAUACAUGAUGCCUACAGAAGCCGUGGAGAAGCCUAUCAUAGAAGAUAAACCAGAAGAUGUUUCUGGAUCUGAUGAUUCAGAUGGUGAUGAUGAUUCUCCACCAGAGUUAGAGGAACAAGAUCCAGCUACCUUAGCUCAACAAAGUCAGUUGGCACAAGCUGCUGGUCUUAAUGAAGAGACAGUCAGCAGACAGAAACAAAGUAGAAGUGAGAAGAAAGCAAGAAAGGCUAUGGCUAAAUUAGGGUUAAAAGCUGUUGGUGGGGUCACUAGAGUUACCAUUAGAAAAUCUAAAAAUAUUUUAUUUGUCAUUAACAAACCUGAUGUUUUUAAAAGUCCUGCAUCUGAUACCUAUAUUGUAUUUGGUGAAGCUAAGAUUGAAGAUUUGAAUCAAGCUGCCCAGAUCUCAGCAGCAGAGAAAUUUAAAGCACCAGAUAGUGCAGGUGGUUUAGAUGCUGGUACUAUUCAACCUCCAAUACAAGAAGAAUCUGAGGAUGAUGAAGAGAUUGAUGAUACCGGCGUAGAAGCUAAAGACAUUGAACUAGUCAUGUCACAAGCCAAUGUUUCUCGAUCAAAAGCUAUUAAAGCACUCAAAAAUAAUAGUAAUGAUAUCGUCAACGCUAUUAUGGAAUUAACGAUGUAGCAAUUGGUUUGUAUUUAUCCACUGCCUGUUGUGUUUUAUGUAAAUUAUUAGACUGUGUAUAAACAUCCUAUCCACCCACGAUGGAUAAUAAAUCUUUUCAUAUUAUAUUAGUAGUUUUCUGGGUCCUAUCACAGUAUUUCAGACUUCUGUUGGAAUCCCAGCAAUUUAUUUGAGACUAUACAUAGAGUCGAGCAAUGGUAAUGAUGCAGGACACAAACCACGAAUGGUUAGCUUUACUCUGAGCUAGGAAGUGAGUGCCUACAUCUUUGCUUGACUUGAAAGCUAACUCUUUUAUCCAAAUGUCAAUACCAUUUUCACAUGGUGGGUGGGUUCAUUUUACACAUUCCAUGUCCUAAAGGAAGGGGACUGCACGUUGGGUAGUUACCAAGUUUACCGUUUCUGGCAAUACCAUGUUGUCAUGGGUUGUGGGCUGUUUGACAUGUUAAGAGGACGCAAACUGUAUUGUGUGCCAGUUACCAAGUUCUGAGGCAUUAGUCAAAAUUUCUUAGUGUGGCUAGACUAUUCUGGUACCAAACGUAUUAAUUUUAUUAAGAAAUAA